AUGGCAAGACACAAGAAACGAGAUAGUAUAAAUGCUAGGGCGUUCCCCCAAAGCGACGUAAAUGCUCCGAAUGCGAAAGAUGCGAACCGAAAUGUUAGGGCGUUCCCCAAAAGCGACGUAGACAAGAACAAGCGUUCGCAACAGCAAUUACGCAUAGCAACGUGGAAUCUAGGAUCACUCACUGGCCGACAACAAGAACUGGCAGAAACUCUCCAUCGGAGACGGGUCAAUAUUUGCUGCAUACAGGAGACUAAGUGGAAAGGUGCAAAAUCCAGAGACCUAGGACUGGGGUACAAACUUGUCUACUAUGGUACUGUCAACAACCAGAAUGGCAUUGGCAUUGUCUUGGAUAAAGACCUGAAAAACCGCAUAAUAAACAUUGAUAGACGCACAGACCGUCUUAUGUCGAUCAAACUAGCAUUAGAUAAUCAACCAGUUAUAAAUAUAAUAUAA